GUUGCCUUCCGCUCCUCCUCGGGUCUCGUUUCCGUUCCGAGGCUUUGAAGCUUUUCUUUUCUUUUGCGGUUUGUUCGAUUCGCAUCUUCUCUGUUCCUCGGUCGGCCGGCCGGCGAGAGUCGCGAUGGCGGCGGCGGCGGCUGGGGAGAGCACGGGGAGGAGGAUCCUGGAUUACCUCAACGACGGCGAGGAGCUCGGGCUCGCGGAGCCGGCGUCCACCCCGCGGGCGUCGGCGGCGGUGGCGGCGGCGAGGUCGCUGCUGCCGAGGUUCAGGUGGGCGCGGCUCUCGCGGCUCGGGAGGAACUGCGGCGGCGGGAAGGGGCGGCCGCCGGUGGUGGAGAUGGAGGAGGAGGAGGAGGAGAUCGCGGGGGAGAAGGGCGAGCUCAAGCCGUCCAUGGGCGCCUCAGAACCCACGGCCGCGGCCGACGGCGGCGACGGCGAGGCGAGGCCGCCUAACCCCGACAUCGGCGUGGGGCUGAGCCUGGUGUUCCUGCUGGCCAAGACGUCGGCCGAGUUCCGCAAGAUGGCCGAGGUGCGCGCGGAGAUGGAGACGCUCAUGGAGGAGUUCAAAUCAGGCCAGGCUUGCCUUAGCAGCGUCGACGACGGCGACGGCGAGGUGUCGGGGGCCCGCCGCGAUCCCGAGUACUCCGCCGCGUCGAGCUGCCUAACCACGGACUGGACCGAGCCGCGCAUCGCGAGCGCUCGCCUCGAGGAUCACGCCGGGGCGGACGCGGCCAUGAGCUUCGAGAAGUCGUCCGACGGUGGCUGCUGCUCCGGCUCCGGGAAGAUGGAAUUGCUGGAGGAGGAGCUCCACGCCGAGCUCGAGCGGCUGCACGCCAACUACGGCGCCCCGGACACGCCGCCGGGAGAACGCGGCACGGGCACGGCGGUGGAGUGGUCGGACGACGAUGGCGACUGCAGGCAAGGGUCCGACGGCGGCGAAUUCGAGGAAGAUGACAUGGAAGACGAACACGAAGGCGACGAGUAUGAAGACGAAGACGACGGCGGCGGCGUGGAAGAAGAAGAACGCAACGGGGUGUCGGCGGUGGCGCUGGAGAGGAGGCUGCACGAGCUUCUCCACCAGAGGCACCAGGAGCGGAUCGAGGAGCUGGAGGCCGCGCUGGGGCGCGCCGAGAGGAAGAUCGCCGAGAAGGAGAUGGAGGCGGCCAUGUGGAAGGACACCGCCAGGAUGGCGCUACGGCGACACGACGACGACGACGAAUUACAGUAGGCAAAGCUCCUCUUGCAACCAAGUGUGACAUCUUUCUAUGAGAAGAUUGGGGAUUUUGUACACUUCCUCGUGAACAGUCCAUCGGUCAGAUGUACAUUAUCAUACAUUUGGUAAUUUUGGGUCAUUUGCAAGAAGGGGACAAGCACAAGCAGAAUGAUGGUAACUUGACAUGGUCGACUGUAGAACGGACCUCCUGUAUAAUUAGUGGCAGUUAUAGUGAAGCUGUUCAUACCAUAGUGUAGCAUAGUAGGGUGACAUGAGCAUGUUUUGGGUUAGGAUGAAAUCGGUUUGUCUGCCUGGUACUGUAUGGAUCCAUGUGAAGUGAGUUUGGGUACUGGAGGGGCUCAUGGAUAUCUUCGAAUUAACGAGCAUGUCAUGGAUCAUUCGUGCGGCGAUUUCGCAAGAC